UCGUUUAUUCAUUGAAUAAAAAAGCACAUGAAAAGUAUGAAAUCGUGGACAAAUUAUGAGAAUGGCGCAGGCCAUACAAAGAAUUAGGAAAUCACGUUUAAUUUUUUUUGUAUCAUCCGGUACAGUCCUAACAGCUUAUGAAGACAUAACCUCUUAUUGUGUGCAUAACCUACAAUUCAAACCGUAAGUGGAGUCUUUCAAAUGUAAUGGAAGCACACAUCUUAUCCGCAGAACAACAAAAGCAUUCCUUAUCCGGAAAAAAGAAAAAUAAAAAGACAACCGUAAAGAAUGUAUUAGGAACACCGUAUGCAAAUUACUGGCCUUUGAUCAACAGCAACGAGGAACAGCAAAUCUGCAGCUUGCUGAGGAAAGAUUUCGGCUGCUUUAAGGCAGAUAAAGUCAGCGUACCGUGGUGCGUCAUGAAAACCAUACCUAAAGAGCAACGAAAAGCCUUUCGUUCCGCCAACAUUACAUCGCCCACGAAAAGCUACAGAUCUUCAGUCGUAUUUGGAGUUAACGAAGCAACUCGUCUAUUGGAGAAGAAACUGGCGGGGUCUGUGCUAAUUUCGGAUGACGUAGAACCGAAGUUUAUUGUUAAACAUGUCGUGGACAUCUGCGUUUUGCAUAAGGUACCUAUUUUAGUUGUGCCCAAUCUGAAAAAUCUACUAAAGGAAGUUAUGAACUUGCCCAGCCUUGUCGUCGCAUUUAAACGUACCAAAUUAGAUUACUCGAGAGUCAACGGGGUGAUUAAGGAAAUAUAUCGCAAUUACCCCCCUCCUAAAGAUCAUAUUCAUUCUAAUCGUGACUUCGAGGAUAACGCUAUGGAUGUGAGCGAGAGCAAUUCCGAUUCGGAAGAUCCACAACUGCCUUCCUUGUACUUGCAAAGGACGAGUAGUGAAAGGGUUUUUAUUCCACAACCGUCUCGGCGAAGAGAGUCAAUCGAUUCCGAUUUGAAAGUGAAGGGUGAGGAGUUUUUAAGUUUUGAAACCGAACGACCCAUUCAGUUGACACCUGCGGUAAGUGAGGCACGCAAAGAGGGUAAAGUUAGUUAUAAAUCGUUAUUGUUAAAACGUGUUGCGAGCGAUAAAAAUAGAGACAUAAAGAAAAUUGUACAAUUAAAAAAGAAAAAGAAAUAAAUAUGGCUAAUCUUCUUAGAUGUAAUCGCAUUUAUCUUUGGAAGUCUCCUGCAUUAAUAAAUGCGUUCUUAAAUUUGAUUCGUCAUUAGUUACAUAAUCACACCGAGCACAUUUUAAAUCAUUGACAGAUUUGUGUGUAACAAAAUUCCUUUUCAAAUUGAAUUUGUUGUCGGUUGCAUAAUCACAAUGGUCACAUUUCAAAAUCUUUACAGUCCCCAAUGUGCAAUUUUUGGUAUUACACUGAAUAUUUCAAAUCAUUGUCUUGUCCCGGUUAUAGGUACGUUAAACCCACACAUAUCCCAAUUUCUUGCUUUCUCGUUUCGGGGGCAUCAUUGUUAACCAAAACCUUCUCGUUAAUGAUUGCAUUUAUUUCUUCUUGUUUUAUUACAACUUUCACAAUUUCACUCACAAUCACACGGAAGUGGCUGUGGCUCUGGUAACUAAACAGUCAAAUGUUAUGAAAUUUGAUAUACCGGGUGCGUUAGAAAUUGGAAGAAGAGUGGGGGAUUUUUACCAAACUUGUAAACUUUACGUUGUCUUCAUUUUGAAGUUGAAUGAAAUAUUUGUUACAGUUUUUUAUAGGCCUUUUGCAGCACUCUGAAAAGCAUUUGAAAAGAACUAGCUAAGUCUACAACUGUAGAGAGCCUAGACAAUUCAGGAAAGAAGGUUCGACAAGACCUGAUAGCUCUAAACAAGGCACAAAACAGUAGCCAUAGGCCGAUUGAAUGCUCAAGACGAAUAUAGGAAUAAACACAGCUUG